AUGCCUCGCCAACGCUCUAAAAAAUUAUCUGCAAGUCAAAAGACUGUGCAAGAGCCUGUGCCGGCAAUCCACAAUGAGGACGAACAAUUUGGAAGCGAUAAUGAAGAUCUCGAGAUUUUGGAGAAGGAUGCGCAAGAAGAGGAGCUAGACAAGCUGGUACUUGGGGAUGGGUCAGCCUUCAUGGCACAAUUGGGUGGAGGAAUGGAUGUGGAUAGCGAGGAAGGCUCCGAUGUGGCAGAGGAACUGGAAGAUGAGAAUGACGGUGAGGGGGGCUUAGAGGGAGUCGACGAUGCAGACCUUUUCUUCCUCGACUCGGGACCAUCCGCGGUCGAUCCAAGUGCUUUGAUACUAGGCUCUGAUGAUGACCACGAAGGAGGGGCGCCAGCUUGGGAGGACAGCGACGAUGAACGGUUAGCAGUUUCACUCGCCGGGAACUCUCGAUUACGAAAGCUGCGAGUUAAUGAGGAUGAGGAUAUUGUCAGUGGAAGGGAAUACACAAAGAGGUUGAGGAGGCAGUUCGAGCGCUUAAACCCAGUGCCAGAAUGGGCGCUUCCUUCUGCACGACCUGCAAAACGGAGGCGCAGAUCGUCUGCGGCCUCAGAUUCUUCAAUAUCAUCAAACGAGAUGGAUGUGGAUGACUCUGAUCUUUCGACUCUACCACUCGCGCGAUUGCUUCAAGACGCUGAUUCUCUUACAAGGACACCAGUAAGCUCAACGAAACGACCAAAACUCCGCCCAGAAGUCCUCGAUAUUCAACGGUCCCGCGACAUACCCUCACAGCCAUCCUCAAUCUCCUCCUUAUCCUUCCACCCCGAAUACCCCGUCCUCCUCUCCUCAGGCCCAGCAUCAACUCUCUACCUUCACCACAUCGCCCCAAACGCGCAUCCAACACCACAUCCCCUCCUAACGUCCGUCCACGUCCGUCACACACCCAUCCACACUUCCUCAUUCCUUUACCCCCAAGGCGACAAAAUCUUCUUUGCAGGCCGCCGGAAAUACUUCCAUGUCUGGGACUUGCCGUCCGGAAAUAUCCAAAAAGUAACGCGCGUGUAUGGACAAAAAGAAGAACAAAAGAGCAUGGAGAGAUUCAAGCUCAGCCCCUGCGGACGAUACAUGGCGCUCAUAGGCUCAUCACGCAAAGGUGGCGGUACAGUCAAUAUCCUCGACGCAAACUCAACCCAAUGGAUAGCGACCGCACGAAUAGAAGGCAAGAACGGUGUCGCUGAUCUCGCAUGGUGGAGUGACGGGCAGGGCCUUACUAUUGUCGGCAAAGGCGGCGAAGUAGGGGAAUGGAGCGUAGAAUCCCGCUCCUAUAUCGCGCGCUGGAUAGACGACGGUUACGGGCCUACAGUCCUGACCCUCGGCGGCAAACACGGCCCCAGCUCACUUGGCGGCGAUCGCUGGGUCGUAAUCGGCUCCCAAAGCGGCAUCGUCAACAUCUACGACCGCAAGACCUUCACUUCUCCCAAAGGCGAACUCACCAUCCCCGAACGGCCAGAACCAAAACGCAGCUUCGAUCAGUUCACGAAGCCGAUCAGUAAUCUGGAGAUCAGUCCUGAUGGGCAGCUCUUGGCGUUUAGCACCAAGUGGAAGGCUGAUGGGCUGAGGUUGGCGCAUCUACCGAGUUGUACGGUUUAUAAGAAUUGGCCGACGGGGAAUACGCCAUUGGGGCGUAUCACGGCGGUUGCGUUUGGAAGGGGGAGUGAUCUUUUGGCGGUGGGGAACGAGGGGGGGAAUAUCAGGUUGUUUGAUAUUAGGGCAUAG